AACAUAAACAAGCGUUGAGGUCGAAACACGGAACCGGUUGAAUGGCAGUGUGUGUGCUCAUUUCUCUGUGAUUAAGUGCCUGCAAUGGCUGGCCGUCUUCUGAGAGUUUCAUCAUUUGCUACUGCAGUGGUAGCGUCAUCUGGCUUCUACCUGUACAACAAAAAACUGGACUUCAAUGACCUCAGCCUGGUCCGCUUUGGACGUGCUGCAGCUACGACCAUCAUCAUCAGCUAUGACUACUUGUGUUUGAGGAACAUGGAGUAUGGAACCGAGGAGUACUGGGAACUCAAAUCGCAGGUACACCGCCGGUCAGCCGAGAGGCUGCGUGACCUCUGCUGCACCAACAGGGGGACCUUUAUCAAGGUGGGGCAGCACUUGGGAGCCCUUGACUACCUCCUACCUGACGAGUAUACCUCCACCCUCAAGGUCCUACACAGCAAUGCACCACAGAGCUCCGUGGAGGAGAUCCAUCAAGUUAUCCGAGAAGAUCUGGGGAAGGAGAUUUCUGAUCUGUUUGUCUCCUUCGAUGAGAAUCCCCGGGGCGCUGCUUCUCUGGCACAGGUUCACAAGGCAGUGUUGCAUGAUGGGAGGACAGUGGCCGUGAAGGUCCAACAUCCCAAAGUCCGGACACAGAGCUCAAAGGACAUUGUCGUCAUGGAGGCCUUGGUGAAUAUGGUUCAUUGGCUGUUCCCAGACUUUGCCUUUAUGUGGCUGGUGGAGGAGGCCAAGAAAAACAUGCCCCUGGAACUGGACUUCCUCAAUGAAGGACGCAACGCUGAGAAGUUGGCGGCCAUGCUCGCACACUUCCCUUGGCUCAGGAUACCUAAGAUCCACUGGGAGCUGUCGACCACGCGGAUCCUGACCAUGGACUACGCAGAGGGAGGACAGGUCAACGACCGCGGCUACAUGAAGACACAUGGCAUUGACGUCAACGAGAUCUCUCAGAACCUGGGGAAAAUGUACAGUGAGAUGAUCUUUGUGCAGGGCUUCGUCCACUGUGACCCCCACCCAGGUAAUGUGUUGGUAUGGAAGUGUCCCAACACCAACAAGACAGAGAUUGUCCUUCUAGACCACGGCCUUUAUCAGAACCUGCACCCCGACUUUCGUCUGGCCUACUGCCGCCUGUGGCAGUCCCUGAUUAAGGGGGACAUGAAGGGGAUCGAGAGGUACAGCCGUCGCCUGGGGGCCGGAGAGCUGUACCCCCUUUUCGCCUGUGUUCUCACCGCAAGAUCCUGGACCUCUAUCAACGCAGGCAUCGGCAAGACACCUGUCACGUGCUCUGAGGUUUUGCAGGUAAGGGGCUGGUGCCCUGGAGAUGUCUCAGCCAGUGAAUCCAGGUGCUUGGUUGGGUUUCCUCUAUCUUACCUUUAUUCUACCAGAUUAUGUGCACACUGUCUGCAAAAUGAGGUGGAAACGGAGCUGCGCUUUCUAACCUCCUGCCAAAUAUAUGAACACUGUGAAGGCUUCAAUGUUGCCGAACACUAAAAAUACAGCAGGAUGGUUGUAAUCAUGAGACCAGAGGCAUGAAUUAAGUUCAAUUGUGUAUUAUAAGGAGUGGUUCUUUUCUUUUUUAUAAAAGCAAGUAGUAAUCCACAGGAUAAAGGUACAAUAGAUAGUACAGUACAGGUAAAUAAUAGUGCAGUUAAAUAAGGAACAAAAUAUUCCAGUCCAUGACCGUGUAAACACACAAACAAAAGCCAAUAACACAUGGUUAUUUAUAGAUGGGGGAAAUAAAGCAUGCUAUCACUAGCAUUAGCUAAUUUAAUCCACUACUGUGAUUUGUUGUCUUUUUGUGUCGAGUCUCUUCUAAUAUCCAAAGAUCUUCAGUUAUCAGCCUGAGGGCACUUAAGUAGGGCAGAGACAAGACAGUUGUUAGAGAACAACAGGUGAAUCUAAUCAUCUCUACCCUACUCACCCCUCAAUCUUGGUUCGAUGUGGGUCCUCGAGUCCCCAGGAUGCCAUUCCCUCACAAAACAGAGAUAUUCCAGAGACAUGCCAUUCCCUCACAACACAGAGAUAUUCCAGAGACAUGCCCUUCCCUCACAACACAGAGAUAUUCCAGAGAUAUGCCAUUCCCUCACAACACAGAGAUAUUCCAGAGAUAUGCCAUUCCCUCACAACACAGAGAUAUUCCAGAGACAUGCCCUUCCCUCACAACACAGAGAUAUUCCAGAGAUAUGCCAUUCCCUCACAACACAGAGAUAUUCCAGAGAUAUGCCAUUCCCUAACAACACAGAUAUAUUCCAGAGACAUGCCAUUCCUUCACAACACAGAGAUAUUCCAGAGAUAUGCCAUUCCCUUACAACACAGAGAUAUUCCUCCGGGCUUACAGGCCCACAAAGAAUAUCAAAUCAAAACAAACGCUGAUAAACUCCCAUGUCUGUUAAGGAAAACACUACAUUGUGCAAUCACAGCUGCCAUAAGAAACAGGCUACAAGUUGAGCACAGAGAACAUUGUAAACACAACCAAUAUUAAUUUAUUAUUGCAGAAAUGCAUUUAUCCCUUUGAAAGUUGUGUAAUAUGUAUUUGGAAUUUCUUCCACUUUUGAUAGGAAAGGAGAUGGAGGAGAGGGAAAGGAAAGCGAGGGAGUGCAGAUUGACAGAAGGGGAGAUAUCAAGAGUAGGAGAUAGAUGUGUGAAGCAAUGGAUGGGAGAAUGUAGUAAUUCAAAAAAAAGGAAACUCAAAUGUGCCAAUGUGGAAAGAAGAAAGAGAAUGAAAGAGAGAAAGAUAAAGGAGAGAUGAAGGGGAACAGACGAGAAAGAGCACAUCCACUCUUUUGUCAGGUAAUUGUUGAAAACACAUGAAAUCAGUCUGUCAGUCAGGGCCUUUCAAAUGUCACUUUGUUUCUUGUCAACUCCACAAAGCAUGUCCUCUUCGAUCUCCUCCCAUGCUUACCAUGGAACAUUGUGUGUAUGUGGGAGGGGUGCGGACACUUGCGAUGCGUGCGUGCGUUUGCAUGUGUGUGUGUCCGUGUCCGAGCCCAUGCGAGCGUAUGUGUUCCAGCUGGAGAGGUUUACGGCGACCAUGAUAACUACCAUCCACGUAGCCACCAAAUGUUCUGAGAUGAUUGCAUUCGCCUCAGAGUGCCACUUAGGUUCCCAUGACAAUGGCGUCCUGAUUCCGAAUAUCCCAUAAUGAUAUAGAAUCAACCUGACUUGACUUGAUUGCAUUUCCAAUUCAUCCAGUUUCAAAAUGUUCUCGUCUCUGUGCCUGUUUGAACGACACAUUCCUGUACGUACCUGUCAGUUCUGGCUGACAGACAGACAAAGUCAGACACCCUGGGUACAUAAGCAUUAGGUGUUUUUCUCCUGGUUCUCUGACCUGAAAUUAAGUUAUUGUGAAAUAUGGAAGACGCUUUACCCAUGUAAAGAAUGCCAAUAUGCUACACACACUCACACAAACACACACGAUAGAUCGUCCCCUUAAAUCCUCUCUUUGCUUCUGAUGUUUUGAGAAGCAGAGGACAAGAGAAUGUCAGGUAUCAGAGGAAAUAUUUUGAGAUUCUAGCUAUUUGCCGGUAAGCUGUUACACACAGGGUCAAAAACCGAGGAAUAAACAUUAUUGGCCCCUGGCUUACUGCUGUUUUAGUUUUCAGUGGUAGAGGCAUUUGAUGUUCAGCUGGUUUUUAAGUGAUGGGGCAGCUCCAUAGAGUGCAGAGGACAGGGCUGAGGGCAUACAACACACACACACACACUACUAACUCACAGACACAGUCCCUCUCACACACACACACACAGAUGUUGGUUUUACUAUCAAAGUGUGGACCAGCAAUUAAGUACCAAUAAAAAAAUCCCUAAUAUGAACCCUAACCCAGUCCUUAACCUCACUAAUUAUAAACUGGGCCAUACAUGACGCCAGACUCACUAGUAACUACUUACUAGUGAGUAGUUACUUACUAUUUGUCCCUCCAAGACAAAUCCCCACUUUAUCUCUGUUCACUCCUUAAUGUCUGCCUCCCGAAAAUAAUUAUGUGCUCUGAUAGAUGCCUUACUUGGGUCACUCCUAAAGUGAAGGCUUUCUUUGGUCAUUAUUCUUUUCAGUUCUCUGCUGCCAAAACAGGGAAAAUUACAGACUCGUAAACCUGACCGUUUUAUCACUCCUUACCAAGGUGAUAAUAGUAAAUGAAGACUGAAACUACACAUGAAAAUAUACUUUCAUAUACCGAAAUGAAAUAAGACAUGAUUUAUUUACUUUUUGUUUUGCAUCUGCCUUUGGCCAGAUCGCUGCUGUAAAUGAGAAUUGGUUCUCAAUCGGCUUACCUAAAAAUGUACCUUCAUGCCUACAUUUUACAUAAUUGUUAUCUUAAUCCUAACCUUUACCCCAAAUCAGGUCAUUCUUUUUGUCAAAAUGUUGUCACUUUGCAUGAUUUUUCUUGUUUUAAUAUUGUAGUAGAACGUUUGUUGCCCUGCAUUUACAGUCUCCUUUGUUUAUUUAAGGAUGCAGACGGUUGAAAACAUAUUUAAAAGUGUUAUUGUAGCUCAUCUGUAAGGGUAAUUAACAGUGGACACGUACAGGUCUGGGAAGGCGGUGGCCUUCCAUUCCCAACAUGAAACACUCUCCACAAUCCCAUUGUAUUAAACCGUAGACAUAACUUAUGGUCAGCAAGUAACUUGUAGAAUUUGUUUGUGAAGGUUGCUUCUUCAUACAUGCCUAUAUGAAUGAAGGUUCACUAGUAAUUGUGCAGACUUUUCAAAUUUCUGCCUGAAUUUCCAAGACACUAUAAGAUAGUAAGAUAGGACUUCCCACUCUCUCUGUCUCUCACUCUCUCUCACACACUCACGCUCUCACACACACACGCACACACACACACAAUGGGGAGAAAAGAAGGAUAAUUCAGAGGAAAUAACAGAGCUUCCUGAUCAUCUCACACACACACACACACACACCAACAGAGACCUACACAAACACUUAAGCACACACUGGAGAAGUAAUGGACAAAGUGCAGUCAGCAGUUCACUGUAGCAAAUAGAUCUAUGCACAACCAACAAGCAGGGAAUUCUGUGUUGACUGAGGUCGUAAUGCAUGGUUUAAAUCUACCAAUGAGCACACACCAUCAAUCAUUAAGGACACAGUAUACAUAGAAAUAUACCAAUGACGAGUUAAGACUUGUGAGUCAGGAAGUGUUUAUUCCGAGAGUGGUUAAGCGCAUUUUACUGUGUUUAUUUUGAUCUCCAAAAGCUUCUACUUUAGCCUGUUACAUGACUCUGCUAAACUCUGGACAGGAUUAUAACCCCACACGCACAUACUGAAGAAAAUCUCAGGAUAAUAGACAUUAAAAGUCGAUUAGACUACUUUAAAAGACCUCUGUGUAUUUCAGUUGGUAAAGCAUGCCACACGUCUGCUAAACAAGUACAUUGCACGCUAUACAAUAAGACACACAUUAGUUUGACGGAUUUAAUGGGUGGAAAUAAAUGAAUGUGUGUAAACAGCCCCUGACCUUCACUCCCAUGGUUGCAAGUUUGAAUCCAUGGAGAUUAGCUUUCUCACACUAAAUCCCCAUUUUCUUUAGCUAGUUAUUUAGCUACAUCUCAUUUGUAGCAUAUUAUACCUAUUUGUAAAUUUGUAAGAUGAUAUGUUUUAGUAGAAUUUGUAACAUUAUGGGAAGGUUUAACAGACACAUAUUAAGACUAGGCCUAAUAUGUGUCUGUUAAACUGGCCCUAUAUGUUUAAGUAGCUCAAUGGAAUAUAAUGUAACGUUACAUAUUACACACAUUCGGCUGUCAUAGAUUUACGUAUAUCAAAGUAAAAUUAUGGAAAUAAAAUGAUUUUAUUUAUCAAAUAACAUUCUUUUGACAGGGCACAUGACAUAUACGCUGUAAGAAUUAGGACUUGUUCUUUGUCUUUUUUGCACUAACUAGCAGCAAUUCCAAAGGGUGAAGAAUUGGGUAUAAGAACAAUAUGGGUCAUAAUAAUAAAUAUUAUAAAUAUAUGUGUAAUAUGCCUAUGAAUUGUACAUUAAAAUAAUUCAGGAAUAGGGUCCCGUCGCAAAAUUCGAGUUUGGCUUUUUAUUACAUUUUAUAGAGGUCCACAUUCAGAGCUUUGUAAUGGUAUGUACAACAGUACCAUUUGAUAAAAUAAUGGGAAAUAUAUGCUGCUUUAAAAUGUUAUAAUCUGCUCUACUCUACUCUGAGAAAAAACUCUUGAGAGAUUCACACUUGCCAGAAAGCUGGUCUUUGUUUAUGACCAUUCAGCCUAGUUCGCACUCACUUAGGGCUUAACCCCACCCAGCUAUUUAAGUAUUCAA